AAGAAGAAGAAACCGGCAGAUAGGACAAACCAAAGCUUAUCUCUCUGAUUUUGGUUUAAAGGAGAGAAAUGAAGAGCUGUGAACUCUGCGAUUUGGCGGCAAGGACGUAUUGCGAGUCGGACCAAGCGAGUUUGUGCUGGGGCUGUGAUGCUAAAGUGCACGGAGCCAACUUCCUCGUGGCGCGGCACGUGAGAUGUCUUCUCUGCCACGCGUGCUACUCUCUCACGCUGUGGAGAGCCGCUGGUUCCAAGCUCGGUCACACGGUUUCCGUCUGUGAGAAGUGCGUCAACGGCCACGAUCGAGAAGGCAGCGAAGCGGAAAAUGAAGAAGACGAAAGAGCCGUUUCUGAUGACGAGGCGGCGGAGGACGGAUAUAAUCAGGUGGUGCCGUGGUCCACAGUUGCAAAUACUCCUCCGCCGGCUUCAAGUUCAUCUAGUAGCGAAGAAUAUUCUGAUGGCAGGAGAGAGGUCUGUAAAUCAACAAAUUUGUUUCCGUUGAAAAGAUCGAGAGAAAAUGCUUCAGAUCUUCAUUAUCAGGACGAACUGGAUCCAUUAAGUCCUAAACGUAGGUACGGUCACCGUACUGUUUUGUUUACUCCGUCCAAAGCGGAGGAAGAAUCCGUCGACGAGGCCGUUUCGUUUGAUUCUAUAAGGAUGUUAAAAGAACAGUUGAUCAAACAGGACGAUGCCGUUCAGUUAGAGUCCGAUUCGAGUGAUUCGUUAGACACGUCGAGUACACAAUCAUGAAGGAGGAAAAAUUAGAGCCUCAAAAAAUCCAGUAAAACAUCUUUAAGCUGUUAGUAAUAGUAAUUUCUGUUUGAUUGAGUUGGUUUGGUCUUGAGAUUUCUGAUGAUCUAACCUAUUCUUAACGAUAGUCCAUGAUUAUUACUCUUGGAUGGGAUUUAUUAACCCUCUUUUGAUAGUUGGUUUGUGUGGGCUGAUUACCUAAGAAUUUUACUAGUUUGAUCUCUGGGUUAGAUCUUGUAAUCUGAUUUUGUAAUGUUGUUGUCUUCUUUCC